GAGCCGGGCUCCCUCCCGGUGACGCGACGUGGCCCCGCCCCGCGCUGGACCGCGGAGGUAGUUGCACCUGAGAGCUCAAGCGGCCUGGGGAUUCCCGUGCCCCCUCCCCAUCUUCCUGAUUCCCGCACCGGCCCCGCACCGGCCGGCGGCCCCAGACCAUGGCCGCGGUGACCUUGUCCGUGCCUGGGCGGAAGGCGGCCCCCAGGCCCAGCCCCGUGCCAGAGGCCGCCCAGCCGUACCUGUUCACGCCCCGUGGGCCGGGCGUGGGUGGCGGGCCCGGGGGCGCGGGCACCUCGCCGCAGGUGGAGUGGACGGCGCGGCGCCUGGUGUGGGUGCCUUCGGAGCUGCACGGGUUCGAGGCGGCGGCGCUGCGGGACGAGGGCGAGGAGGAGGCCGAGGUGGAGCUGGCGGAGAGCGGGCGGCGGCUGCGGCUGCCGCGGGACCAGAUCCAGCGCAUGAACCCGCCCAAGUUCAGCAAGGCGGAGGACAUGGCCGACCUCACGUGUCUCAACGAGGCCUCGGUGCUGCACAACCUCCGGGAGCGAUACUACUCGGGCCUCAUCUACACGUACUCUGGCCUUUUCUGUGUGGUCAUCAAUCCAUACAAGCAACUUCCCAUCUAUACGGAGGCCAUUGUGGAGAUGUACCGGGGCAAGAAGCGCCAUGAAGUACCACCCCACGUGUAUGCGGUGACAGAGGGGGCCUACCGAAGCAUGCUCCAGGAUCGUGAAGAUCAGUCCAUUCUCUGCACUGGGGAGUCCGGGGCUGGGAAGACAGAAAACACCAAGAAGGUCAUCCAGUACCUCGCCCACGUGGCAUCGUCCCCAAAGGGCAGGAAGGAGCCAGGCGUACCGGCUGCCAUCACCGUGUCUUAUGGUGAGCUGGAGCGCCAGCUUCUUCAGGCCAACCCCAUCCUAGAGGCCUUCGGCAAUGCCAAGACAGUGAAGAAUGACAACUCUUCCCGAUUUGGCAAAUUCAUCCGCAUCAACUUUGACGUGGCCGGGUACAUCGUGGGCGCCAACAUCGAGACCUACCUGCUGGAGAAGUCGAGGGCCAUCCGCCAAGCCAAGGACGAGUGCAGCUUCCACAUCUUCUACCAGCUGCUGGGAGGCGCGGGAGAGCAGCUCAAGGCUGACCUCCUCCUGGAGCCUUGCUCCCACUACCGCUUCCUGACCAACGGGUCGUCGUCCCCUCCCGGCCAGGAGCGGGAACUCUUCCACGAGACUCUGGAGUCGCUGAGGGUCCUGGGAUUCACCCCGGAGGAAAUCACCUCCAUGCUGCGGAUGGUCUCGGCUGUUCUCCAGUUUGGCAACAUCGUCCUGAAGAGAGAACGGAACAAUGAUCAAGCCUCCAUGCCUGACAACACAGCCGCACAGAAGCUGUGCCGCCUCCUGGGACUAGGGGUGACGGAUUUCUCCCGCGCCCUGCUCACCCCCCGCAUCAAAGUCGGCCGAGACUAUGUGCAGAAAGCGCAGACCAAGGAACAGGCCGACUUCGCGCUGGAGGCCCUGGCCAAGGCCACCUACGAGCGCCUCUUCCGCUGGCUGGUCUUGCGCCUCAACCGUGCCCUGGACCGCAGUCCCCGCCAGGGCGCCUCCUUCCUCGGCAUCCUGGACAUCGCCGGCUUCGAGAUCUUCCAGCUGAACUCCUUCGAGCAGCUGUGCAUCAACUACACCAACGAGAAGCUGCAGCAGCUCUUCAACCACACGAUGUUCGUGCUGGAGCAGGAGGAGUACCAGCGCGAGGGCAUCCCCUGGACCUUCCUGGACUUCGGCCUCGACCUGCAGCCCUGCAUCGACCUCAUCGAGCGGCCGGUGAGCUAACCCCCUGGACUCCUGGCCCUGCUGGACGAAGAGUGCUGGUUCCCGAAGGCCACGGACAAGUCCUUCGUCGAGAAGGUGGCGCAGGAGCAAGGAGGCCACCCCAAGUUCCAGCGGCCGAGGAACCUGCGGGACCAGGCCGACUUCAGUGUCCUGCACUAUGCGGGCAAGGUCGACUACAAGGCCAAUGAGUGGCUGAUGAAAAACAUGGACCCUCUGAACGACAACGUCGCAGCCCUGCUUCACCAGAGCACAGACCGGCUAACGGCAGAGAUCUGGAAAGAUGAACACGGGGGCUUCCAGCAAUUCCCUUUCCUUGGCUCCUUCCCACCGUCACCCCCAGGAUCUUCAGGGAGGCGCGGCUCUGCCAUUUCUCCGUCAGGGGUGGAGGGCAUCGUGGGGCUGGAGCAGGUGAGCAGCCUUGGGGAUGGCCCACCCGGCGCGCCCCGCCGGGGCAUGUUCCGAACAGUGGGACAGCUCUACAAGGAGUCCCUGAGCCGCCUCAUGGCCACACUCAGCAACACCAACCCCAGCUUCGUCCGCUGUAUCAUCCCCAACCAUGAGAAGAGGGCCGGGAAGCUGGAGCCUCGGCUGGUGCUGGACCAGCUGCGCUGCAAUGGGGUCCUGGAGGGCAUCCGCAUCUGCCGCCAGGGCUUCCCCAACCGCAUCCUCUUCCAGGAGUUCCGGCAGCGGUACGAGAUCCUGACGCCCAAUGCCAUCCCCAAGGGCUUUAUGGAUGGGAAACAGGCCUGCGAGAAGAUGAUCCAGGCCCUCGAACUGGACCCCAACCUCUACCGUGUGGGACAGAGCAAGAUCUUCUUCCGGGCAGGGGUCCUGGCCCAGCUGGAAGAGGAACGGGACCUGAAGGUCACAGACAUCAUCGUGUCCUUCCAGGCAGCUGCCCGGGGUUACCUAGCUCGCAGAGCCUUCCAGAAGCGGCAGCAGCAGCAGAGUGCCCUGAGGGUCAUGCAGCGGAACUGUGCGGCUUACCUCAAGCUGAGACACUGGCAGUGGUGGCGGCUCUUCAUCAAGGUGAAGCCGCUGCUGCAGGUGACGCGGCAGGAUGAGGUGCUGCAGGCGCGGGCCCAGGAGCUCCAGAAGGUGCAGGAGCUGCAGCAGCAGAGCGCCCGCGAGGUGGGCGAGCUCCAGGGCCGCCUGGCGCAGCUGGAAGAGGAGCGCACCCGCCUAGCAGAGCAACUGCGGGCAGAGGCAGAGCUGUGUGCCGAGGCCGAGGAGACGCGCGGGCGGCUGGCAGCCCGCAAGCAGGAGCUGGAGCUGGUGGUGUCGGAGCUGGAGGCCCGCGUGGGCGAGGAGGAGGAGUGCAGCCGCCAGCUGCAAACCGAGAAGAAGAGACUGCAGCAGCAUAUACAGGAGCUGGAGAACCACCUUGAGGCAGAGGAAGGGGCACGGCAGAAGCUGCAGCUGGAGAAGGUGACCACGGAGGCCAAGCUGAAGAAAUUUGAGGAAGAUCUGGUACUCUUAGAAGAUCAGAAUGCCAAGCUGAGCAAGGAGCGGAGGCUGCUGGAGGAGCGUCUGGCCGAGUUCUCGUCGCAGGCGGCGGAGGAGGAGGAGAAGAUCAAGAGCCUCAAUAAGCUUCGACUCAAAUACGAGGCCACGAUUGCGGACAUGGAGGACCGCCUGCGGAAGGAGGAGAAGGGCCGCCAGGAGCUGGAGAAGCUGAAGCGGCGGCUGGACGGGGAGAGCUCGGAGCUGCAGGAGCAGAUGGCCGAGCAGCAGCAGCGCGCGGAGGAGCUGCGGGCCCAGCUGGGCCGCAAGGAAGUGGAACUGCAGGCCGCCCUGGCCAGGGCAGAGGAGGAAGGCGGGGCCCGGGCCCAGCUGCUCAAAUCCCUGCGGGAGGCGCAAGCAGGGCUGGCCGAGGCCCAGGAGGACCUGGAGACCGAGCGGGCGGCCAGGGCCAAGGCAGAGAAGCAGCGCAGGGACCUGGGCGAGGAGCUGGAGGCGCUACGGAGCGAGCUGGAGGACACGCUGGAUUCCACCAACGCGCAGCAGGAGCUCCGGUCCAAGAGGGAGCAGGAGGUGACGGAGUUGAAGAAGGCUCUGGAGGAGGAGACGCGUGUUCACGAAGUGGCGGUGCAGGAGCUGAGACAGCGCCACGGCCAGGCCCUGGGAGAGCUGGCCGAACAGCUGGAACAGGCCCGGAGGAGCAAAGGUACGUGGGAGAAGACCCGGAUGGCCCUGGAGGCCGAGGUGUCUGAGCUACGGGCGGAGCUGAGCAGCCUGCAGACCUCGCGUCAGGAGGGCGAGCAGCGCAGGCGCCGCCUGGAGUCCCAGCUGCAGGAGGUGCAGGGCCGGGCCGGCGACGGGGAGCGGGCGCGAGCAGAGGCUACAGAGAAGCUGCAGCGAGCCCAGGCUGAACUGGAGAACGUGUCUGGGGCCCUGAGUGAGGCCGAGUCCAGAGCCAUCCGGCUGAGCAAGGAGUUGAGCAGCACGGAGGCCCAGCUUCACGACGCCCAGGAGCUGCUGCAAGAGGAGACCAGGGCGAAGCUGGCCUUGGGGUCCCGGGUGCGAGGCCUGGAGGCCGAGGUGGCGGGGCUGCGGGAGCAGCUGGACGAGGAAGCCGUCGCCAGGGAGCGGGCGGGCCGGGAGCUGCAGACCGCCCAGGCCCAGCUCUCGGAGUGGCGGCGCCGCCAGGAGGAGGAAGCGGGCGCGCUGGAGGCCGGCGAGGAGGCGCGGCGGCGGGCGGCGCGCGAGGCCGAGGCCCUGACCCAGCGCCUGGCGGAAAAGACGGAGGCGGCGGAGCGGCUGGAGCGGGGCCGUCGCCGGCUGCAGCAGGAGCUGGACGACGCCACCGUGGACCUGGAACAACAGCGGCAGCUCGUGAGCACGUUGGAGAAGAAGCAGCGCAAGUUCGACCAGCUCCUGGCAGAGGAGAAGGCGGCCGUACUACGGGCGGUGGAGGAGCGUGAGCGGGUCGAGGCGGAGGGCCGGGAGCGCGAGGCUCGGACCCUGUCCCUGACCCGGGCCCUGGAGGAGGAGCAGGAGGCGCGGGAGGAGCUGGAGCGGCAGAACCGAGCCCUGCGGGCAGAGAUGGAGGCCCUGCUGAGCAGCAAGGAUGACGUUGGCAAGAAUGUGCAUGAGAUGGAGCGAGCCCGCCGGGUGGCAGAACAGACAGUCAGCGACCUGCGAACGCAGGUGACGGAGCUGGAGGAUGAACUGACGGCGGCUGAGGACGCCAAGCUGCGCCUGGAAGUGACCGUGCAGGCUCUCAAGGCCCAGCACGAACGUGACCUGCAGGGCCGUGACGAGGUUGGCGAGGAGAGGCGGCGGCAGCUGGCCAAGCAGCUGAGGGAUGCCGAGGUGGAGCGGGACGAGGAGCGCAAGCAGCGCACCCAGGCCGUGGCCGCCCGGAAGAAGCUGGAGGUGGAGCUGGAGGACUUGAAAGCCCAGAACGCUGCCGCCGCGCAGGGCAAGGAGGACGCGGUGAAGCAGCUUCGCAAGAUGCAGGCCCAGAUGAAGGAGCUGUGGCGGGAGGUGGAGGAGUCACGCACUUCGCGGGAGGAAAUCUUUGCCCAGAACCGGGAGAGUGAGAAGCGCCUCAAGGCGCUGGAGGCGGAGGUGCUGCGGCUGCAGGAGGAACUGGCCGCCUCAGAUCGUGCCCGGCGGCAGGUCCAGCAGGAGCGGGACGAGAUGGCAGACGAGGUGGCCAACGGCAGCCUUAGCAAGGCAGCCAUUCUGGAGGAGAAGCGGCAGCUGGAGGGGCGCCUGGGGCAAAUGGAAGAGGAACUCGAGGAGGAGCAGAGCAACGCCGAGCUGCUGGGCGACCGCUACCGCAAGCUGCUCCUGCAGGUGGACUCGCUGACUACAGAGUUGUCAGCCGAGCGCAGUUUCUCAGCCAAGGCGGAGAGCGGGCGGCAGCAGCUGGAGCGACAGAUCCAAGAGCUCCGGGGGCGCCUGGGUGAGGAGGACGCCGGGGCCCGGGCCCGCCAGAAGAUGAUCAUUGCCGCCCUUGAGUCUAAACUGUCCCAGGCUGAGGAGCAGCUGGAGCAGGAGAGCAGGGAGCGCAUCCUCUCCGGCAAGCUGGUGCGCAGGGCUGAGAAGCGGCUUAAAGAGGUGGUGCUCCAGGUGGAGGAGGAGCGGAGGGUGGCCGACCAGCUCCGGGACCAGGUGGAGAAGGGCAACCUUCGGGUGAAACAGCUAAAGCGACAGCUGGAGGAAGCCGAGGAGGAGGCGUCCCGGGCGCAGGCGGUCCGCCGGCGGCUGCAGCACGAGCUGGAAGAUGUCACAGAGUCCUCGGAGGCCAUGAACCGCGAGUUGAACGCGCUGAGGAACCGGCUCCGACGCGGCCCCCUCACCCUCACCACCCGCAAGGUGCGCCAGGUCUUCCGACUGGAGGAGGGCGUGCCAUUGGAGGAGGAGAUGGAGGAGGAGGAGGCCGGGUCUGGGCCGCCACCCCCGGAGCCUGACGAGCCCCCGGCGGCGGCGCCCCAGCCCCAGUGACCCCGCCCUGCCCCCAGCUUUGGCCCCUCCCUCCCUGGCCCCUGGUCCCUCGGGGCGCCUGUCCCGGGAACCCAACCUCUGGCUUCUUGCACUUUGAAAAUGGUGCCAGCCUUUGGCACUAUAGCACUUACCAACCCCAUGUGAGGGGGCAGGGGCUGAGACCCAUGGACCCCUAAACACAGGGGAGCAGGGGAGCAGGGCAACGUGGAGGAGGGCUUUCGCUUGGAAGGAAAUCCGGGAGCAGUUAGCAAGCUGUGGCCCCAUAGGGCUCCCCUCCCUCCUUAAGCUGUUAAUGAUCUUUAUAAGCACGGGAGCAUGGCUCCCCUGUCCUCGGAAGCCAGGGUUCCCAUUCGCCUCCCCCUCUCUCCCCCCUCUUCCCCUCCUCCUCUCCACUCUCCACUGACCCCGGAACUUCUGAGCGACAGCAGCCGGAGCCCCAAGUCUCCACCAACCUUUGACCCUUGCAGAGGGGCGGGAGAAGGGAACCCCCCAUCACCCCCUCUCCUCCCCCAUGUGUUCCGCCCCCCCCCCCCUUCUGGUUGCUCUUGUGUGAUCACAAUUAGGUUUGGAGUUUCCUGUGGGGGCUGGAGGAGGCCCCAUAUCCUCCCAGCCUCCAGGCUCUGGCAGAAAUAAACUCCCACCCCAACUGGA